GAGGCGUUCUUUUAUCCCAACAUGCUAGGGACUUGAAACUUGUAGGACUUUUAUUGUUUUAAAAAUUAUUAUUAUUUAUUAGCGACUUUAUAUAAAACCUUUUUAAUAAGUCUUUUCUCGUUGUUUUUGUUAGUUUUGUUUUUUUUUUCCAUUGCCGAAGCGUAGUUUCAUCAUGUUGUCCGAGCUAUUACAAGGCACCGACAUUGGAGGUUUUCUGCUAAUACAAGAUUCAUGUACUUACUGUGGCCGUGAUCUCCUAAAGAGCUUCAUUGAGGCUGCCUUAAACAGGGAGGAGGUUAUACACGUAGUUGGAUUUGAUGUGAGUGAAGGAGAACUGAAAGAUGGGCUGAAAUCAUCAGUUUUUCAGAGGUUGCACUUUCACAACGCCUUUGCAGACCCUCUUGGGUGGACGGAUAAUUCACCUUUUACAGUCCACCAGUUCAGCUCAUCUGGACUUACAGAGCUGUUAAAUCAAACAGCACAGUCCAAACCAGCCACAUUAGUGAUUGACUCUCUUUCGUGGAUUUUGAGGCAUGUGAGUCCAACUGCUGUCUGCCACACACUACAGCAACUCAAGAAAGGGGGAGCUGUAAGGACUAUUAUAGGCUUGCUACAUGAAGACAUGCAUUCCAGGGGCAUUGUGGGAAGCGUCUGCCGCUUGGCGACUUCGGUCAUUACUGUGGCUCCUAGGACAAAGGCAGACGAAGGGCUAGCAAAAAUCACUAGACGCUCGAAAUCGGGGAAGGUUGUGCAAGAUGAACAGAUAUUCAGCAUCAGAAAAGAUCUUACAGUCACUGUCCUGAGCAAACCCACCAACUUUGGACGCAAACAGAGCAACACAGAGGAACAGGUGGAUCCAACAGCUAACCUGACCUUCAAUCUUCGACUGACUGAUGCAGAACGUGAAGCCAAGGAGAAGCUUGCACUGCCUUUUGUUUUCAGCACAGAGAAGAAAACAGCUCUGCUUCACUCCGGCCCAGGAUCAGGAAAAAUUCUGUACGAGCCGGACGCAAACGACGACUACGACCAGGAGGAUCCUGAUGAUGAUCUUGAUGUUUGAGUUUACAGAAAAUAAAACUCUAAGAUAAACACAUAAAAAGUGUUUUUAAAUUAUUAUUAUUUUUUUUAUCCAUGCAAAUUGAGUCAUCCUAAAAUAAUUUUGGACAAAGAAUUACACACAUUUUUUUAAGUUUUUUCAAAAUUCUUUAUUGGUAGGUUUUGUUAUUAUUAUUCUUUUAAUGUAGUCAGUCGUAUCUUGAAGCCCCAACAAAUAAACCUCUUGAAAUAGAAAAAAAGAAAAUAUUUUGGAAAAAAAAAAAUUUUUCAUUUUCAAAAUUCCCCAAAGAUAGAUUUUAAUUAUUAUUAUUUUGUCUAAAGCUAGUUAUACCUUAAAGCAUCCAAACAAACCAGGUAAUUUUGAAGCAUCAAAAAGAAAACUAUA